AGAACAUUUUGUUUUUCUUUUCAUUUGCGUAGAAAGUGAGAUCGAGUAAAACGCGAAAGGGGUUGCAUCGAGGAGUAUUGUUUUCUCGUGCAAACGACAAGACGCACUUAAACGUAUUUUUCGCAUUUUCGUUGCAGAUUUAGAUAAUGGCCUUCCAAUUGGAUGAUCUAUUGAAGGACGACAAGAAAGACGCGAAUUUAAUACCUGACUUAAGUAAAGCGACUUGCAACUCUUAUGAGGAGUUUCGCCGACUCAAAGAGCACUGUCCAGAAUUUAAGAUUAAACCGGAAAAGGUAAAAAGAGAGGACACGAAAGUUCGUGACAAAGAAUUUUCGUGGAAAGCGACCAAGAAGGAACUUAAGAACAUUAGCAGAGAAUGGACUUAUGGAGAUCCGGUUCCACCAGAUAUGAGAGAAUUGGAUCUGCAGGAACUGCAACAAAUCGCUAUCGAUUGGCGUAUGCUGACUCCGAUCAGACCGAAGCUCCGCCAAGACGAAGAAAUGUUUUCGAGAUUGGUGAGGAUUAAUUUUACACAAUUUUUUAAUAGAUAUCGUUUGCAAUUUUGUCCGAACGCAGAAACAAAAUAUAAACUGAUCUCUCCGUUCUUCAAGGUGGAGAUGGGCAAAUUAGAGGUGAAGACGAUAAUGAAAGAACGUCGUUCGCCAACGAGUCCCAUUAGACGAAGUAAGAAUCGCGCGGGGAUAAUCGAAAGUAGCGUGAAGAUCUGCAGAGAAUGCGGCGAGGAAUAUUGCUUCGGCGAAUUUUGCGGGGACGUCCUUUAUGAUUCUUUCACGAGAGUAACAAUCGCCACUCAGCAAUCGAAGAUUAAAAUAUCCGCGGACACUGAAGCUAUUAUCGCCAGAAUGGACCGUAAGAAGAAAAAGAAGAAAAAGGGAAAGAAAAGGGUCAAGAGUAAAAGCAGAAAAUCCAGGAAAUCUGCCAGACUGUUAGUCAACAGCAAGGCGAGAAGAUCGAUAACGGAUCUCGAAAGUAAAUCUGCUAAGGCGAGGAAUAAUAGAGGGCAAGAUGAAAAACCGGCGAAACAAUUUAAAAGGAAAUGUAGUAAAUAUACGAAGAAAGGCAAGGGCCAUUUACGCAAGUAAUCGUUACGAUGUUAAAAUAAAAUAAAAAUAAUUGGAAAGUCUGAAAAUGCAUAUCCUCUAAAAUCUAUCUUAUAUAUCUAUUUGUAUAAUACAUAAUUUGUUCUUGUAGUAUAAAAAGUUUCUCGGAGAUGAAUAUAAAGAAAAAUAUUAAUCUAAUAAAACUGUAACUAAAUAUAUGCGGUAUAUAAAUUUUUGUCGAUCUAUUUAUCCAUAAUAUUUAGAUGAGAUAAAUAAAUAAAGUAAAUAAGGUUCGUGUAUAGGUAAAAUUUCAGCAUUUUUAGUAAUAUAAGAAAAUAAUUAAGAAAGCGAAAUAAAUAAAAAUAUAUUCGAUUAAUUAAAGGAAAAACAAAUUCAAAAUUUUCUUUAAACAGUAAGUAAAUGUACAUAUGCGAGUCGGACGGGCGCAGUAAAUGCUCUCUAUUAAAUGCU